GUAUGGAGUGUUGAAAUAUCUCAGUGUUUGACUUGUGUGAGCCGCGACAAGAUCAACGUUAUUCAAUGAUAAUUCAAAUAAUCACAUUUACAUAAUACUGUAGUGUUGUUUCAGUUGUAAAUGUUUAAUUAAGUGUCCUUGAUAAUCAGUGUUAAAUUAAAAAUUAUUUAUAAAAAAUAAAAAUACAAGGAUAUAAUAAUAUGAAAAAAUAUUAAUUAAUAUUUUUCACGUUUUAAGAAUUCUAGCUGAUGAAUUGCAUGACUAAAAUGUGCACAUCACGUGUGUAAAAAAAAUCAUCAUUAUUUUUGACCCAUGUUGUGAUAAAAAGAUUAAAAUAAAAAGUUGUUGUUAUUAUUAACAAAGACUGGAUUUUAUAAUAACACUUUUUAAUUAACUUUUUUAUUUUUUUUUUAUUGUAAAAAAGUUUUGUCUUGUUUCGUCGAUUUUUUUUUUGUUAUUAAUUAAGAUGUUGUAAUUUUUUUUUCUAUAUUUAUGUUCGGUUGGUUGAACUUCCAGUUGAAUAAGUUUUUCGUGUAAUAUCAGUGUUAUAUGUAUGGUACAAAUCUGGCAAAUAAGAAGCUGGUUUGAAGAGGGUUAUAAAGUAAAAAAAAAAAAAAAAAAAAAAGUAAAUAAAAAAAUGCAUAGAGGCAUGAAUAAGGUGGAGCUGUAAUUUUAUUCGUUGGUGAAGUUAAGAAAAAAAAAAAAAUAAAGAAACAAAACAAAGUGGUAAAAAAAGUGGCUUCAAAUGUGUCCAUGUCAACUCAAGAUGAUGAUACGCGUCUACCUAGUACUACUCAGCUCAUAUUUGGUUCAUGGAAAAAUUGGUUACUUCUGGCACAUUACCGACAUUCAUUAUGAUCCAAAAUAUUCGUCCCAGGGAAACACAGGGAGCAUAUGCUGGAAUACAAGAACAAAUGUGGAUAAUGGACGAGUAAGGCCAGACAGAAGAGUUGGUGGCAUUUAUGGAAACUACAGCUGUGACUCACCAUGGGCAUUAAUAGAAUCAGCCGUGCAAGCUAUGAAAUCAAAACAAGGAGAAGGAAUAGAAUUUGUAUUAUGGACGGGUGAUGCCUUAACACAUGCUGCUGAAAUGAGUGAAGAAUUACGUUUACAAUCUUUGCAAAAUCUAACAGAUCUAUUGUCUCAUACAUUCACCAGUCAAUUUGUUUUUCCUGCAUUAGGACAUGAGGAUGUCAGUUUAAAUUUUGCACAAACAUCAAGAAUGUGGAAACAUUGGCUUCCUAAUGAGGCACUUCAAACUUUUGAUAAAUCUGGUUUUUAUACGUUUGAACAAAAAUCAAAAAAAUAUAGAAUAAUAUUUCUCAACACAAAUUUGUGGCUUGAUGUGGGAACAGGUGUUGACAAUCGUGUUCAACAUAAUCACGGACAGUAUUAUCAGUAUCAGUAUCAGUAUCAGUAUCAAAAUCAGUAUAGCCAACAAAAUCAACAUCAACAACAACAACAGCAACAGCAGCAACAACAACAACAACAGCAUCGCACAGGUGGUACAAGUAGUACUGACGAUAACUCCAAUGAUCCACACAAUCAGUGGAGCUGGUUUGAAUCUAUUCUACGAGCUGCACGAGGUAAAAGAGAAACAGUUUAUGUUGUUGGACAUACACCACCAGGAGUUGAUGAGCGAGCAAGUGGAGCUAGACAGCUAAAAGAUUAUCAUAAUAAAAAAUAUCUUAAAUUAAUACGACAAUAUGCUGAUAUUAUUGGUGGUCAAUUUUUUGGACACUGGCAUUCAGAUACUUUUCGUACAAUUUACAGUGACUCUGGAGUUCCUGUUUCGUGGAUGAUGAUUGCACCUAGUAUAACACCUGGUCGUCCAAAUAGCCCCAAUAAUCCUGGGCUUAGAUUGUACAAGUUUGAAACUAGCACGGGACAAAUAUUAGAUUAUACACAGUAUUAUCUUGAUCUACCAAAAGCAAAUUCUAUUGGUCGUGCCAACUGGGUCGUUGAAUACUCACUACUUGAUUAUUAUGAUUUAAAAGAAAUAACUGCCCGAAGCCUUCAUGAUCUUGCUGACAGAUUUACCCAGACAACUGACAAUGCUUUUGUCAGAUAUUACGCAGCAAAUACUGUUUCACUGCCUCGAGAAGUUGAAGAAAUAUGGGGAUGUGGUGGUGCAUUGAAUGGUGCUUGCGCUCUUCAACAUUAUUGCGCAGUGACGCGUGUUAAUCCUGAUUCAUACAACAAUUGUCUGUCAUCAUAUGCAUAUGCUCUUGCAGCAGCAUGUUCACCAUCACCGCGUUUCUACAUUGCCCUACAUGUUCUUACUAUAUUCAGUUGUCUACUUCGUAUUCGGUAGACUAUAGAGAGUAUCAGAAUAUAUUUAAUCAUAUACCUCUCUGUCUUCGUCUUCAACAGCUUCAUAUUGCUGAAAGUUAAGUCGUAUUACGGAUCAAUGAUAUAAUAUGAAUACAUAUUUUUCAUCUUUUAUUUUAUAUCUAUAUAUACAUAUAACUAUAUUUAUAUUUACACAUACAUAUAUAUGUUUUAUUAUUUUUUUUUUUUACAUUUAUUUUUUUAUUCACAUCUUUUGUGCUUUUUUUUUUUUACUUGGAUAAAAUCAACGUUUUUCCGUCAAUGCAAGUCAACUUUUUGUUAUUUAAUAAUGAUGACAUUUGGUUACCGUGCAA